AAAAAUAGUUGAAACGCAAGCCAAUGUGAAAUUGUUUAGAAUUACUUCCGUCUCUUGUUCGACUUUCGAGCGAUUAAUUCUGUCCAUGGAAUUGUUUUUUGUAAUCUCUUUCGAAACAGCCAGGCUUCUCGCUUAGAUAUCCGUUGAAUGUCGCAACAUCGGGAUUCCGCGUGUCAGAAACACGAUCUGCCGAAAUCGUUGCAAGGCACCGAGGACGCGGAGUACAUAUGGAAUAUGAUACGCGAGAGAUUUCCAAACGCCGCGCCUCUCUUGUGCGAGAUGGAAGCGUUGGUCGAUCGGGCUGAAGAUCUUCUUCAGCAAUUGCGAACACCUUGCCAGCACGACAUUGAGAAUUCUACGUCCUUUUACACCCUUAACUCUGAGGAAUCGAGCACAUUAACGUCGCCGAAUGCGACCUCGUCCACCGACAACGACAACACAGAGAGCGAUAGCAAAAACGUCGUACAGUACUCCGAAGCCACCAUCUACGACGCAGACAUUGAUUCGAACAAUCAAAGUGGGAAUUCUGUUUCGAGAGGUGGGAAAGCUGAAGUUCAGUCGAACGAAUCCUUCACGGAGAGACAUUCUCCGACGGAGACGCGCUGCUCGGCCGCCAAUAAGUCUGAUCUCCCUAAGAGCAAUACACGUUUGUUGACUUGCAUUUAUCAAUCACAUUUGUUGCUCUUUACGAUGACUUUGAAAUCACGAUCUCGCAGAUGCUGAACAAAGGAUGAAGGAGGUGACGAGUCUAGAGGGAUGGGAGAAAGCCGUGGAUGACACCAUGAGGAGAUCAA